AUGAUACCAUCACGUGAUGUCACCCAGAACGAGACAGAGGUGGCUGCCGCGGCGCUGGCGGUGCUCACAGAGUACACGCCCCCUCCACCUCCAGACCCAAUUCUGGAUCUGUUAGAGAAAGACGACGAUCAUGGCGUCAUCACGAAGUUUAAUGUUUUCAGUAUACGGAAUAUUUAUCUCGAUUAUCUUGCUGCAGAAACGUUGCGGCAUUACCCACCUCUCGACGCGGCCCGCCGCAUGUGCACCAAGACGACUACACUGCGAGAUCCGUCCGGCAGCAGCCCUCCAGUGACGCUGCAGCCCGGGGACCUCGUGUACGUGCCCGUGGACGCGCUGCACAGGGACCCGGCCUUCUACUCCCACCCCGACCAGUUCCGCCCGGAGCACUUCAGCGCGGAGGAAGUGGAGAAAAGACACAAGUGCGCUUUCCAGGGAUUCGGAGACGGUCCUCGGCAAUGCCCAGGCAUGCGGUACGCGAUGCAGCAGGUCAAGGUGGCCCUGGCGUCCGUGUUGCUGCGUUUCGAAGUGACGGCCGGCCCGGAGCAGGUCCUGCCCGUGGAGCGCGAUCCUGAGGCCGGCAUCCUCGGCUUCAAGGGCGGCGUGUGGCUGCGGUUCCGGGCCCUGCCGUAGGGCAACACAGUGACGAUCCACAGGCCGAGAAGCCAUUUUUUCCUGAUGUACUUGCUGUACACUCCUUAUAUCCUUCUGAGCUUUUUCUUCGUAAUACGAACACAAAGCAUAGUAUCAUGACGGCCGACUGCACAGCGAAGGUAAUAACCUACGGUGAAGAGUUCUCAGUAUCUUUUGAGCAACUUCUUCAUAUUACGAACAAAGUUCUCUGUAUUAUGACAGAUUUGUGUCGUAAAGUCCUUAGAAUUAGCUCAAUAUUAUGACUGCACGGCAUUUCUCAGUAGGAAAUGGGGAGUGUACAGGGGCAAAGUGUGGCUUUCGACCGUCGUUAAUAUGCUUAUUUGGUGCCAUUGACAGCACAUUAAAUGUUUAUGUUCUUGUGUUGUCCAUAACACGAUCAUAUUUUUAGGCAUAUGGAAGCUUUGGACAGUUCACUAUUUAAUUACUCAUCAAACUCAAUAAAGUGCUCAGUACACUCUAUUCGGCGUGUUCUAAUAAUACCUUCGUGCGAGAGUGAUAAUACCUUCGCGCGAGAGUGAACUCGGAUGGGUACACUCCAACGAGAAUGUGCUCACGUCAGCACGCAAGUUACAAUGGAAAUAUAUGCAACUGAGUACACGUUUGCGGGAGUGUACUUGUAAGUACGUGCUGAAUAGAGUGUACUCGUGAGUACACUCUAGUGCACUGAGCACACAGUUGAGUUUCCGGAGAAGGGACAAUCUCUCUCAUGCGCUGCUUAAGUAUUUAUUUAAAAUUGUAAUUGUACAUUCAUAUGUGCGGCACAUAGCGUUAAAAUCCACAUAAUUCCUGUUAAAUUCCUGUUAAAUCCAAUGAAAGAGAUUUAUUUGAGUGUUCGUCCCUAAAGAGCAUAAUAUUUAUGCUCUUGAGUU